GCGGCUGGCGGCUCGCGUCGGGUUACGACAUGACGGUCAAGAUUUGGGAUGCGGUGACGGAGCCGCUGCAGUACACGCUCGAGAGCCAUAGCCGCCGGGUCACGUUCUCUGCCGACGGCCGCUGCAGCGUACGCUCGAGGGGCCGCCAGUACGGAGGACAACAGGUACGAAGGUACGAAUUAGCGUGCAUACUACGGUAGGUAGUAGACAGGUGUGCACAAGUACGUACCGCUCUGGAGUACUUGUAAAACGCAAUGGAGCA